GCUUCAAGUUAUGUACUUUAGCCUCUAGAUUUAAGUGACUGUGCAAACUAUAACUUUUACGAUGACUUCAAUCUCAGUGUAUCUAUUUUGUUUUUGUUUUCUUUCCUUCUCGUUAACUUUCGUGGAAUGCAGAAAUAACCUCAGAGCAAUAAAUGUUGCGGAACUUGAUGUUAACAUUGUCAAAAGUAUUGACAAGGAAGCUCGGAAACAGUUGUUGUUUCUGAUUGCAAAUCGCUUAAAUGAUACUGUAUCUACACAAUCUGUUUUGGCGGGAAACUGCCAAAAUAAACUAAACAGUACAAUAAAUGGAUGUUCUACCUGCAAAACAGAUCUGUGUGCUAACGUACAAAUUCCAUCUUUUUCUGAGGAAGUGCUUAGUAAAAUUUCAAUAGCCAAUUACCGUCCGGUAACCUACGCCGGAGAGGUAAUGAAGGAAAUUGCACAAUGGGCAGUUGGAGCUAAAGACUUCUUUGGGUAUCGAUUGGGUCCGUUUCUUGAAAACAUAGGAGAUGAUCUGAUAGAAGUUGCUAAGGUGCUUAUAAAAGGCGGGAAAUAUAUAGCAUCACCUGCUGCUGAAGCGUUCCGGUCACUUGGAGGAUCAAUUACGAAAGCCGGAAGGGAGAUAAUUCAAGCUGUAAAGGGGGAUGUAAACAAUAUUAUAGUCAAUUUAAAGGGGCUUAUUGGUAAGCCUUUCGAAGACUUUGAAAAUACAUUGAACACAGUUCGUCAGAUAGUAUCAGAAAAAGCACCUGUCGUUAUAGAUGCUAUAAAAGAUGCAGUCUUACCUGUUUGGGAAAGGACACUAGGAAAGCUGUUCAGGAGAAAACGUUGUGUAUCAUCUUGUUUGUCUUGUGAGAAAUUGAACGAUAAGAAAUACACAAUAAGUUGGAUCAUUGAGUCAGUUUGUGGUUCAGAUACAGCAAGACAAAAGAAUAAAGAAAUGGCUGAAAUAACAUUCCUAAAAGACAUGUACACUAAAAUAAAAGACCACGAACUGAUAACAAAGAUUGAGUAUGAUUUGUCUUCAAAUGCAUGGAGUGGACUUAUGAUUUACAUGGACACAUUUGCCUCGAUCGGAGGGAAACUGGUGCAACAGAUAACGGGUGACCUGGACAUUUCUGCACCCGUAAGAACAGGGUGGUCGAUAGCACAACAAAUAUUUGAUGCAGAAAUAGAAAAUAGGCAAUCAAGCACGACAGUCUGAUGACUAUGACGUUUUAAGGACACAUUCUUAUUAUAUCCUCUCAUAUUGCUUUUAUGA